UAAUCAGCUGUGUGGAGAGGGGGGGGGGAUGUCAAAGCCCGGACGGUGGAGAGGCGGACCCGAAGUGGCCCAGGACGUCCAGCUACAGCGCGCCUGAGCAAAAUGAAACAUGGAUGAGGAGGUCGCCGAAAGUUGGGAGGAAGCCGCCGAUAGUGGGGAAAUGGAAAAACGGUUAGAAGAGAAGCUAAGGAUCAGCCAGAAAGAAACGGAGUCCAGUCACAAUUCUUCCCGAUCUCCACUGAAGACGACCAUGGUGAUACAGGACGACUCUCUACCAGCGGCGCCCCCACCUCAGAUACGCAUUUUGAAGCGGCCUACAAGCAAUGGGUCGUUGGGCUCACCCUCGAAUCCGAACAGGCCCACGCAACAGGUCAAGUCUUUGGCUCAGCGCGAGGCAGAGUACGCCGAGGCCAGGAAAAGAAUACUCGGCAGCGCCUGCCCAGAUGAGACGCCUCAGGACAAACCUAACACUGACCGGGCAGGUCGCAAUAACUCUACAUUGCCUUCAGAAGACACCCGAUCAAACAAUCACACUGUCCGGCAGCCAGACGGUCCAGACGGCACUCACGGUUUCCGGCAGCACAGAUAAGCAGGGCCCUGGGGCCGCCCAGCCAUUGGGGUGGGGGGGAGAGAGAGUGAGAUAUCAAGAGUCACCAGAGCAACAGCAGCACUGUAUUCUGAAAAAACUUCCCUCCUUCAGUUCCAUUGUAUAUCGAACUGAAGAGUCGGACAGCAGUGCGGCUGCUGUCCGACUCUUCCCACUGGCGGGGAGCAAGGAACUCAAGGAGAGAGUUGAAUGGAAACGUGCUCUCUUCUCUACUCGCUCCAGUCUGUUUGACACUGUGAUAAUGGACAACUUCUGGACUCACUGUGAUGAUCCCUUCUAAGAGACACCCCCUCGCCUCCAUCGCUCUCCUCCUCCAUUGCCCAGAGGCUCCGUAUCAGGGCGGCUGCGAGGCAGAAGCAAAGACUUGGACAAAGGAUGCCAGAGAGAGGAGAAGGGACGGGCUAUAGCUAAAUGAGAUGAGCUGGUAAUCGAAAUUAAAAAUCCAUGUUUUUAAUUUCCAGAUGUUAGCUUGCUUUUCUUUUCCUUUUCGUUUUUCUUGCUUGUCUUUUAUCUAUACUAGGGAUGCUCUGAUAUCUAGAGUACAUAUGUACAUGCUUUACAUUAUACAUGCACCAAGAACCUGUUCAUUUAAACUGUAUUUGUUUUGAUCAGCAUCUGCAGUAUUAACGAAAUAGGAAUCAUUCAUAUUUUUCAUCUUUGUUUGGUGAUAAAAUAGUCUUAAAAAUAUUUUGUUUUGACAUCUUGGGCUGCAGAUUGUGGCGCCAGGUCUGCUGCGGAAACUCGCCACCAAAGCUGAGUACUUAAACUGGUACCCGCUCAGUAACCGAGUUAGCAUUAUUAGCACACCCCUGAUAUGUAUAUUACCAUUUGUUUUUAAAAGUUGCGGCUGAGGGUCAUGUGUGUCAAGUUGUAUAUCUGUUUACAGUUCCUCUUUUUUAAAUAAGCUUUUUCAGCUGUCUUCGUUGGACUGUCGCAUAAUUAUUUCUAUUUAAAUAGUAAAAGCAAAAAAAAA